AUGACCGAUCAAAAUCGAAACGAAGAUCAAAAUGAUGAAGGAGACAGUUCUACUGCUGGUGCAUCAACGACAUCGAAGUCGUUUAGCCAAAAAUCAAAGAGUAAACCAGCUGAUGCUACUGCUGUCGUCGCCGCCGCAACCGAUGUCGUCGAUGGAAAUAGUACACGUGCUGAGAACAACAAUCAAAAACUUACAGAUAAAUCAAUGCGAAAUUUAAUGAAACAAAUGACACUUGCCGAACAAGCUGCUGCUAGCAAUAAUGUAUAUGCACCGAAAUAUGACGAAAAGGCAGCAUCAAGACAAGAAUGGAAAUUUUGGCAAACACAACCCGUACCGACGAUUGGUACAAAAAUUGAUACAAGUAAUAUUGGACCUAUCGAAUCAAAUAAAUUAAUAGAUGAAUUACGACAAGAACCAUAUAAAUUACCCGAUGGUUUUUCUUGGGAUGAUAUUGAUAUUCAUGUUGAUGAACAAUUACAGGAAUUGUAUACGUUCUUGAGCGAAAAUUAUAUCGAAGAUGAUGGUAAUGAUUUUCGAUUGGAAUAUUCCAUGCCAUUUUUACGAUGGGCUCUAUGUGCGCCGGGAUGGCUUCAAAAACUUCAUGUGGGAGUUCGUGUAACGAAAAGUGGUAAAUUGGUUGGUUUUAUCAGUGCUGUACCGAUUCGAAUGAGAGUUUAUGAUAAAGAAUUACCAAUGGUAGAUAUAAACUUUUUAUGUGUUCACAAAAAAUUACGACUUAAACGUUUGUCACCCGUACUUAUUAAAGAGAUAACGCGUCGUGGGCAUUUGGAAGGAUUUUUUCAAGCAGUAUACACAGCCGCCCCUUUCCUACCUGGUAUUGCCAGCAAAUGUAGAUAUUGGCAUCGAUUGCUCAAUGUCAAAAAAUCGUUGGACGUCAAAUUUUCCUUUUUAGGACGAAAUGUGACAGUGCAACGAAUGCAAAAACUCCAUCGGUUACCUGAGACGACACAAGUGGCAGGCUUUCGCGAGAUGCGCGAUGCUGAUAUACCUCAAGCUUGGAGAUUACUUACUCAAUAUCUGACAAAAUUCGACGUGGCGCCGGUGUUUUCCCUUGAUGAAUUUGAAUAUUUAUGUAAAAAUCGGCCGACCAUCGUGAGCGCAUUUGUUGUUGAAAAUGAUCAAGAUGAAAUAACCGAUUUCAUAUCGUACUAUCAUUUACCAUCGACAAUUCUGAAUCAUCCACAAUAUAAGAUAUUGAAUUCAUGCUACAUGUAUUAUUAUGCUGCCAGUCGAACACUACUGACCGAUCUCGUCAAUGAUUGUCUUGUGCAAGCACACAAUAGUGAUUUCGAUGUGUUCAAUGCGCUCGAUAUAAUGGAUAAUAAGGAAUUUUUAGAAAAACUUAAAUUUGGUGCCGGUGAUGGUAAUAUUCAAUAUUACAUCUACAAUUGGAAAUGUCCACUGAUACCUGCCGAAAAAGUUGCAUUGGUACUUCAAUAA